UACCUGUCUUAAUAUAUUCUCUUUUGCGGGGAGAACGAUGUUAGUGAGUAGCUGAGGAGGAGGAUUAAAGUAGAGCACUCUAUAUUAGGGAUUCGUCUCUCUUCCGAUCGAUUCUGUUCUUCUGAAAGUUUCCGACUUUCUUUCUUAAUUUUUUCUGUCUCCAAUCGAAGACCCUUUGAAAUGCGUGGCCUUGAUCGAUGGAUUGCUGAGGCAAUCAGAUCAGAAUCGUCGGAUCUCGAUCGUCAAAAUCAAAUCCUAGGGGGAUUGUUUCUCGACGAAUCUCUUCCUUCCUCGUCCGUCUCCUUUGUCUCCUCUAAGAGCUGUUCAGUCAGUUCGUGUCUCUUUGUCCGAAAGUCGAGUGCUUUGAAGCUUAGGAGACGAAACGGGAACAGAGGAGGACCUCUGUUUUCGUCAGUCAGUUUAUCUAUAAAUGAGAGUAAUGGCGAGGAAGACGAAGAAGGUGGUGAAGGGUAUAAUGGUCAACACGUGUACAAGUCUCCUCCGCUGAAGGAGAAUGGAUCAGGAGCUCUCAACACCACCAAGCAUUUAUGGGCUGGAGCUUUUGCAGCCAUGGUUUCAAGGGUUUUGGUUUGAGCAGAACUUGCAUUGCACCUCUUGAGCGGAUGAAGCUAGAGUACAUUGUCCGUGGAGAGCAAAGGAAUCUUCUUGGACUCAUUCAGAGGAUUGCUACCACUGAAGGAGUUAGAGGAUUCUGGAAAGGGAACUUGGUUAAUAUUCUCCGAACCGCUCCUUUCAAGUCUAUUAACUUCUAUGCAUAUGAUACAUAUAGAGGCCAGCUUCUGAGAUUGUCUGGAAACGAAGAAACCACUAACUUCGAGAGGUUUGUGGCCGGUGCAGCUGCUGGAGUUACAGCUAGUUUGCUCUGUCUACCACUUGAUACCAUAAGAACGGUUAUGGUGGCUCCUGGCGGAGAGGCAUUAGGCGGUGUGGUUGGUGCGUUCCGUCACAUGAUUCAAACGGAAGGUUUCUUCUCGUUAUACAAAGGUCUUGUGCCUUCUCUCGUUAGCAUGGCUCCGGCGGGAGCUGUGUUCUACGGUGUCUAUGAUAUUUUGAAGUCAGCUUACCUUCACACACCGGAAGGUAAGAAACGUCUUGAACACAUGAAACAAGAAGGUGAAGAGCUAAACGCUUUCGAUCAGCUGGAGCUUGGUCCAAUGAGAACUUUGUUGUAUGGAGCAAUCGCUGGGGCUUGCUCGGAAGCAGCUACUUAUCCGUUUGAAGUUGUGAGAAGGCAUCUGCAAAUGCAGUCACAUGCGAGAAAGUUGAGCACAGUGGCUACUUGUGUGAAGAUCAUUGAGCAAGGAGGUGUUCCUGCGUUAUAUGCUGGCUUGAUUCCCAGCUUAUUGCAGGUUUUACCUUCGGCAGCGAUUAGUUACUUUGUGUAUGAGUUCAUGAAAGUUGUCAUGAAGGUGGAAUCAGCACAAUAGCUGGCUUGUUGCUCUCAAGUUACUUCCUCUCAUUUGUUUUUCCACAACCAUAUAGUCUGUGAAACAAGUUGUUUCAGUUAACUGAUUGCAAUAAAAAAAUAAUAAUAAGAUUUUGAAAUUCCAA